AUGGUACUAGUUACUCUUCUUCUUCAUCUUCAUCUUCUUCCACGUCUCACUCUUUCUGCUACUUCUACAUAUUCUCGUCCCGAGAAGUUUUACAUCAAUUGUGGCUCAGAUUCUAAUGUCACUUACGGUAACCAGACUUUCAUCGGAGAUAUGUCCUCCGGUGGUAACUCUGUUAACUUCACCAACAAAGGAACUCAAACCAGCAGCCAAUCUGGAUCGUCCACUUACCCGGAAAUCUAUCGGACGGUUAGGAUCUUCACACGUCCUUCUUCCUACAAGUUCCACAUCGAUCCUGUUGGUCUACACUUUCUGCGUCUCCAUUUCUCUGCUCUCUCUUCUCAAACAGAGCUUUCAACUGCUCGUUUCACCGUCUCUGCUACUUCCUACUUGAAAAGUUUCUCGCUUCAGAACUUCAGUGACACCCCACGAGUCGAGGAGUUUCUCCUGAUGAUCGACUCGCCGGAGUUAAAAAUCCGGUUUGUUCCCGAUCGUUCAUCCGUGGCUUUCAUCAACGCCAUCGAAGUGUUCUCUGCUCCUGACGACCUAACUAUUCUUGCAGACUCCGAUAAGAAUCUGCAUACGGUUUACAGGUUAAACGUAGGAGGCGAUAAACUCACGCCGGAAAACGACACCUUGGGGAGGACUUGGUCAAAAGACGACGACUUUCUCUACCGGAAAGACUCGGCGAUGAACAUUCAAACAACACAGAAGGUUAACUACGGUUCGGGAUCAGCGACGGCGUUCACAGCUCCUGAUUUGGUCUAUCAGACAGCUAAAACGAUGAACCGUAGUUCGACUGAUCAGUUGAUGAACGUUUCUUGGUCGUUGAGUGUCGGGAGCAACUCUAAACACUUGAUCAGAGUUCACUUCUGUGAUAUCGUGAGCAACGUAUCACAAUCUGAUUUCUAUCUCUAUCUUAACAGUGAACUGCGAGUAGAUGUAACGCCUAUAGGCUUGGCGACUCCGUUUUAUAUCGAUCUCGUGUGUUUCUCCGAUGCCUCUGGGCUCUUGAAUGUUACUAUAGGUGACAAGAACUCAACUACAUAUUCUGGUUUUCUGAAUGGUCUUGAAGUGAUGGAGUUUUUGGAAAAAUCUUCAAACAAGAGUAGUUUCUUUGUUUACGUCAUCGCCGGUUGCGUAUUGGCGUCAUUUGUUCUGUUCUUGAGUUUGUUGUCUAUGGUUUGCUUGAAGCGCAAGGAAACAAAGAAGAAGAAUGAUCCCAACAUUGAGGUCAUUCCUUUGAGAUUGUACAGAGCUGAGAGUUCCAACAGCAACAACUCAGGCUUGAAGAUUCCCUUCAAAGACAUUCUGAGAGCUACGAACAACUUCGACGAGCGGUGGUUGAUCGGGAGAGGCGGGUUCGGAGAUGUUUACAAAGCCAUUCUUCAAGACGGACGCAAAGCGGCUAUUAAGAGAGGCAAGAUCGGUUCGGUACAAGGGAUCUUGGAGUUUCAAACAGAGAUUCAAGUCCUGUCAAGAAUCUGGCAUAAGCAUCUCGUUUCUCUAUCGGGAUACUGCGAUGAGUACUCGGAGAUGAUCCUUGUCUACGAGUUUAUGGAGAAAGAGUAUGUGCAGACGCAGAUAUUGACGGAGAAGUCAGAUGUGUACGCGUUCGGUGUCCUCCUCGAGGUCUUGUGCGCGAGACCGGCUCUUGACCGCCGUCUUUCUAACGAGGAAGUGAACCUUGCGGUGUGGGCCAUGUUCCGCAGAUCCAAUGGUGACACCGACGAGAUCAUUGAUCCGAAGCUGAUAGGUCAGAUCGAGCGGAGUUCUUUGAGGAUAUUCAUGGAAAUCGUGGAGAAGUGUCUCAAGAAUCACGGCACAGAGAGGCCGAGCAUGGCGGAUGUCAUCUGUGAUCUGGAACACGUUCUACAGCUUCAUAUGACGACGACGGUUCUCAGAGAACCUCACCAAGAUAGCACCAAGAAUCAUCAAGCGAAGAACAGAUUUGGAUGUACAGACUCAAGUUAG